AUGGGCUGUUGCAUUAGUACUCCGUAUGUCUAUCCUGAUGGAGGAGUUUAUGAUGGUGAACUGAAAAACGGUCUUCCUGUAUGUCAUCAACUUAAUCUAGCACGGAAAAGGUAAAAUUUAGUGGAAGAAUGGAGAUUACUUCGAGGGAGUCUUUGAGGCUGGGAAAAAGAAUGGUAGAGGAAUAUUUAAAUGGAGUGAUUCAUCAUAUUAUGAUGGAGAAUUUAAAAAUGAAAAUUUUCAUGGCUAUGGAGAAUAUCAAUGGUAUGGAGGCAGACUCUACAAAGGGUAAUGGGUUGAAGGAAAAAUGGAAGGACAAGGUGUUCUAAUUGAUGAUGGCAAACAUUAUCAAGGUUCAUUUCUUUAUGUAUUUUGAGGCUAAUUCAAAAAUGACAAAAAAGAAGGCUUAGGUGAAAUGAAAUGGUCUAAUGGGUAACAAUACAUAGGAGAGUGGAAGAAUGGGAAAUAAGAUGGUAAAGGAAAACUAAUUGAUGCUAAUGGUCAUGUAACAGAGGGAUUAUGGAGUAAAGGGAAGAAAUAAUGAUUGAUUGUUUUGCUAUUUUCAC